CUCCCCAUUCUCCUCCCUCCGCGAAAGGGUGUGCGUUUUGAAGGUUGUAUUUAUCUCGCUAACAUCACAUUACAAGGAGUACACUUGCGGAGGGAUAACAUUCGAAGCCACUGUUGGAGCUAGAAAAAGGUGUGAUGGCUGGAGCCACAGCUCCUCAUACUGACUGAGUUCAAGUAAGGUCUUGUCGGGACAGGGUACGGCGCAUACACGGAUGCGAAAGCAUGGAAUGCAGUUCAAAUAUCUAUGAUCCCCCCACACAAUUGCAACGUGACAGUUCUAAACGUUUCAUUCAAGGUCAACAUUGGACUUCGGUCAGCUGUAACCGCGGACAUUAUCGAUAUUUAUCUUCUGGUGGAACAGAAAUUGUAUGAGCAGCAUCUUUUUUUACCGGUCGGCGGUGAGCAAUGACAUCUUUCGCGGAAGAGAUUUAACCUACGCGGUCAGUAUCUGAAGCAAGAUUUUUGACCAAGUUUUCAAUUCAAAGUUGUGAUAUUUAGGAGAGGGUGUGUAACUUGCUAACUAACACAGCGCCGUAGCCGUGUCUUGAGCUCUCGGUUGCCUGGACGGAUAGCUAGCUCAGGCACCUUCGACGGUUCCUGUUUUCGCGAACGUUGUUAGCCAGCUUGCUACAGAACCUGGAACUGCCGCAUCCAUCUCGAAUAUCUCACUAAAGUUGCCUAGCUAGCCAGCCAGUUGUCGAACAUGGAUAUGUUGUCGGUCCUUUGGAAAACCAGUUGCUAAUGCGGAAAGUGUGUUCAUUACACGCUAACUACACGAUUUCCAGCUCACUUCCCCCCCUAAAUUAUUUUAAGUUAUUAAAACGAAUUGCAACAUGUCUGUUCGCGUAGCUUUACACUCACCCACUGGCUCCAGAAGUUUUCUGGAGCGGGGACUCCUACUGCUGGUGAUGUUGAUCUUUCUGGAGGGCACCGUACUGACGCUUGGAGCUGCCAGCUCACCGGACAUCAGCGCUCAGGACAACACUGGAGGAGGACACGACCGCCGCGACGACCACCGAGGGAUAGCAGGCAGCCACGAACAGACUAACUACACGUACACAAAAAAGGCCUUCCCCGUCCUGUCUCUAGAUUACCAUCACAUACAGGUGCCUUUCGAGAUCUCGUUGUGGGUGUUGCUGGCCUCAUUAAUGAAAUUGGGGUUCCACCUGAUCCCCCGGCUGUCCGGCAUCGUGCCCGAGUCCUGUCUGCUCAUUGUGGUGGGCCUCCUGGUCGGCGGCCUCAUCAAGCUGGCGGGCGAGGAAGUACCCCCCGUGCUGGACUCCAACCUCUUCUUCCUGUGCCUCCUCCCCCCGAUCAUCCUGGAUGCGGGCUACUUCCUGCCCAUCCGGCCCUUCAUGGAGAACAUCGGCACCAUCCUGAUGUUCGCCGUGGUCGGCACCCUGUGGAACGCCUUCUUUGUAGGGGGUCUCCUCUACGCCGUGUGCCAGAUCGAGGGCACAUACCUGAGCCAGGUGGAGCUGCUGCCCUGUCUGCUGUUUGGGAGCAUCAUCUCGGCCGUGGACCCGGUGGCCGUGCUGGCUGUGUUUGAGGAGAUCCACAUCAACGAGCUGCUGCACAUUCUGGUGUUCGGAGAGUCGCUGCUCAAUGAUGCCGUCACUGUGGUCUUAUACCACCUGUUUGAGGAGUACUCUGGCGCAGGUGAGGUAACUCCGAUGGACGUGGUUCUUGGGGUCAUCUGCUUCCUGAUUGUGUCGCUGGGCGGCAUCGCCGUGGGCGCCAUCUACGGUAUCCUGGCGGCCUUUACCUCCCGGUUCACCUCGCACACCCGCGUCAUCGAGCCCCUCUUCGUGUUCGUUUACAGCUACAUGGCCUACCUCUCGGCCGAGAUGUUCCACCUGUCUGGAAUUAUGGCGCUGAUUGCAUGCGGCGCUGUGAUGCGACCCUACGUGGAGGCCAACAUAUCCCACAAGUCCCACACCACAGUCAAGUACUUCCUGAAGAUGUGGAGCAGCGUGAGCGAGACCCUCAUCUUCAUCUUCCUGGGCGUGGCCACGGUGGCCGGACCGCACGCCUGGAACUGGACCUUUGUCUCCGUCACCGUCAUCCUUUGUCUGGUGUCACGUGUCAUUGGCGUGGUGGGCCUUACCUUUAUCAUCAACAAGUUCCGCAUCGUCAAGCUGACCACCAAGGACCAGUUCAUUGUGGCCUACGGUGGCCUGCGAGGGGCCAUCGCCUUCUCCCUGGGCUACCUGCUAAACAAGGACCACUUCCCCAUGAGGACCAUGUUCCUCACCGCCAUCAUCACCGAAAUCUUCUUCACCGUGUUUGUACAGGGCAUGACUAUCAAACCCCUGGUGGACCUGUUGGCCGUGAAGAAGAAGCAGGAGGCCAAGCGCUCCAUCAAUGAGGAGAUCCACACCCAGUUCCUGGACCAUCUGCUGACUGGCAUUGAAGACAUCUGUGGACACUACGGCCAUCAUCACUGGAAAGACAAGCUAAACCGCUUCAACAAGAAGUACAUAAAGAAGUGCCUGAUAGCGGGCGAGCGCUACAAGGAGCCGCAGCUCAUCGCCUUCUACCACAAGAUGGAGUUCAAGCAGGCCAUCGAGCUAGUGGAGAGCGGCGGGGGCGUCAAGCUGCCCUCCGCCAUGCCCUCGCAGGUCUCCAUGCAGAACAUCCAGCCCAAGAAGCUGCCGCCCGCUGUAGCAGAGCGGGCCCUGCCUCAGUUCACCAAGGGCCGUGAGGAGGAGAUCCGAAAGAUCCUCAGGAGUAACCUGCAGAAGACCCGCCAGAGGCUGCGCUCCUACAACCGACACACUCUCGUGGCUGAUCCUUUCGAGGAUGGAUGGAACGACUUCCUCCUGAAGAAGCAGAGGAUGAUCGAGCUAGAGAAGAAGAUGACAGAGAUGAGUAACUACCUCACGGUCCCUGCCGCACCUCCCGACUCCCCCACCAUGUGCAGAGCCAGACUGGCCUCGGACCCCAACGCCUUCUACAACAUCAAGGCGUCUUCAGAAGGCGUCCCCACCAUCCAGGUGGACCUCGCCUCCCCCCAGUCCCCGGACUCUGUCAACAUGCUGAACGAGUUCUCCAAGCGGGGUGCCAAGGACCAGGGCCUGGGUCAGAGGGAGGUUGCCACCCGGGAUGAGGACCAAGGCCUGAUGAUGAAGCCGUCCUCAGCCGGGAAAGAGGAGAAGGGAGAGGAAGAGGGGGGAAACAAGAACCCAGGGCUGAUGAGGUGUCUGAGUGACCCGGGCCCUAGUAAUGAGGACGAGGAGGAUGAACCAUUCCUUCCCUAAAAAAACAACUAGCUCCACCCAUUGUGAGGAAUAGGGAGGGGCCUGGUUGCAGCAGCUCCUCCCCCUGAGCGGGGCACUACAGGGGAAAGGUCCGCCUCCUUUCACUCCACCAACACCUCAUUUGAGUUUGCUAUCCCAUUGGUUGAGGAACCAAAAAGCCAAAACUGUUAAGGACUUAGGACAUAACUUGUUUUAUGAACCAAAAGAGAAAAGGAGACUAAAUAGCCAUCUUUUUUCAAUAGUUGUCAUUGCUCUUUUUUCAUUUUUUAAGUGAUAGGAAGGCAAUCGCCGCCUUGGGUGAUCUUGGGUUUGGUGGGAAUUAGCCCGAAUGACGGGGGAACAUAAUUAUGCGUUACCAAAGUUUUGGACUGGUGACAAAGUUUCACAUUUGUUUUCAUAACGUUUACGAUUGUUCUUCUACUUUCAAGAAAAGUUAGCCUUAUUUUUUUUUUGUCAAACACAGAAACUCCUUUUCACUUGGUGCAUUUGAUCACACAAUUAACUGCUUGUUUUGAAUGUCAGGGUUAAUAUGAGACUGUUGUUUAUGUGGUUGUCUUUUGUCAUCGUUUGUCAUUCAGUUGGUCAGAGUUCUACUCGGCGUACUCCUUGCUGUACACUGGAUGUACUUCACGCUGGAUGUAAUGUUUUCACUGUGCUAAUCUCGACGGACCUCUCUCUUCACCACCUCGCCUAUGGAGACCCUAAGGCAAGCGCAGGCUUGGAAAUGUUGAGAUGCAAACCUGGCAUCGCCGCUUCAAGCGUCGCCUCUAUUUUAAUCGAACGUACGAAAUCGGCAGCAUCACCAAGACGUGUAUGCUGUGCAGUAUAAGCUCAUUUACAUAAAAGAAGGAUUGUGAUGCAACACCAAGAGAUUUGUUGAUCUUGAAUGGACUUAACUCCCCUAUAUAUAAGCCAAUCCCUAAAAUCACACCAAAUACUGUUAUCCUCCUGACACCCAGACAAAAAAGGUUUUGUAAUGUCUUAAUUUUGUUUUGAGUUCAAAUCAUUUACUAAGACAAAUUUGUACGUGCGCUGUAGUGGACAUAAAGAAACAGUUGAUAGUAAAUAUGAAAAAUGUAUAUUACAGUAAAUGGGUACAGUAGGUAAACAUAUUUGUCACAUCAUGUGGUCCUCUACAGAGGACAUUUUAUAAACAAGCUCUUAUUUAAAUGUGGGGAAAAUGAUUACACUGCUCUGAAAACCAAAUUAUUUCUAAGAUAUUUACUCGAAGCAAUUUGAAUAUCAAACUCACAAAUUAUAAUUACACACACUUAUCUUCUUACCACAACAUAUGCUAAUUGUGUUGGCAGCCAUUUUGAAACCCCAGGAAGAGAAAGUUAUCCACUCAUGUGAUAUCAUUGAAAAACCCAGAAUGUCCUCUCAGGUACAACAGGACUUAAUACAAUGGCAUGUUAAAGAGUGUGUACAAAAAUGAAUUGGUGGGUCUCAGGAGGAUAUGUUCCCUUUAAGAAAAUGCUCUAGUAUGGGCCAUUUCAGAACCAUUUUGUGGUGUUUUCUCCGUAUUCUCUUGCCGGUAGUCACAUCUUACAAUUCAUCUUACGGGUUUGAUCUAUUCUUUACUCUCUUGCACCUUAUUUACAUCAGCUGUUUUGACAUUUUUAAAAGACCCUGUUGCCAGUUUAACGUUCCCCAUUGGUUCUUAGCCCUCCCCUUUUGAAAAUGUAGUGUUCAAUAGACAUUUGGGGUUUUAGGCGUCGCUGUAAAGGAGGGGACUAUGGAUCUUUAUCGUCCAACCACCUCAAUGGCCAAUAAUAUAUAAUUCAUUUAACCUUCAUUUAUCCAGGCGAGUCUAUUAAAAACAAAUUCUUACACUCGGACUACACCGGCUGUGCAUGCGUCCACCAUCGCGCGUAUGUUAAGUUUUUGUCGAUCCACACCAGACGUGACCAUGACACGCAGGUUAAAAUAUCAAAACUAACUAUGUUCAUUUGGGGCAAGUCGAAACACGAAACAUUCACGGACAUUUAGCCAGCUAGCUCUUGCUAGGUAAUUUGUCCUAGGAGAUGGACAUUUAGCCAGCUAGCUCUUGCUAGGUAGUUUGUCCUAGGAGAUGGACAUUUAGCCAGCUAGCUCUUGCUAGGUAGUUUGUCCUAGGAGAUGGACAUCGGGUUGUUAUUUUACCUGACAUGCAUAUGGUCCUAUUAUUAGCUGGUUCUUUGUAGAACUUUUGACCCGGAGUGUUUCUCUACUCCGACGUCUAAUCCAUAGAUGAGAAAGGGAAACCUAGUUAGUUUUUAGUUCGUUAUCUUUAGUGAAUCUCUCCUCGUUUUGUCUCUCAAGCUUUCGCGUGGGUUUGUGUCUUCCUGAUAUCCAAUGAGGAGGGGAAUUGCAGCGCGACUCUAAUAGAACAAAGUUGUAUUUUAGCUCUUGGCUACGCAGACCCUUCGUCACACCAGCGAGCACCACAUGGCCGGUGAAUGAUGGCCUGGAGAUACAGGCUUGAGGACAUGGGCAAAACUAGCUAUUCAAUGCAGUAUAUUGGUGUAAAAUGUGCAUAGCGAUUAUUUUGAUUAUAACCAUUUUUAAUUGAACGACGCCCUUUAAAGCAAAUGCCAUGCUGUAAUGUCGACGCAAACGAAGAGGUCAUCGCUCCUCUGCUAACAUUGAGGUCUAUAACCAUCACGGGCAGUGCGCUAGCUAGUUGUAAGCAAAUUCACACCCGAACGCAAGAGCCAACACCUAUUCUGCUCGCACGACAGCAUAAAGCUAAUCUAGGAUUUGCGUAAGACUAUGAAAACCUUGACGUGUACAGUAUAUGGUUGUAUAGGUAUUAUGUAUACAGUACAUUACUUCUCUUUUCUACACAAAGCCAUAAGAUCAAAAGGAACAAUUGAAUAAUUGAUUUGAUUUUGAUUUCAAAAGACUGCUAGCUGUAUUGUCAAUGUGAUUACUGUCGCUCAUCAAUCUGAACAUCAAGGGGAAAUUCAACCACUUUUAGGUGCAAAGUACAUUGCACCUAACAUUGAUUCAAUAGCAUAGCAACCCCUCAACCCACCUACUGUACAACCAUCUUAGAUUUGUAGCGUGAGUGACAACUUUAGCGGGAGUCUGUAACUGUCUCAACUAGAGAAGCCUAAGAUGUCCAAGACCGUGGCCUAGUUUGCUGGUUGUCACCUUCCUCUCUGACCUCCGUGUAUUGUCACUUUACGCCCAUAAAGAGAGCGAGCGAGAGAGUCUUGUUACAGCUGAGGAGAGGAGGGAGGAGAGAGGGGUGUCUCCUUACAGCUUAGGGGAGGAGAGGGAGGGAGAGGUGCAUGGUGGUUACUGAGGUUACGGUAGAGAGGCGAACAUGAGGACGGGGUGACAACGUAAUGGCGUGCUUCUAAGAAACUGUGGCCACUCGUGCACAUAAAGUACUACAUUGUGUGUGUGUGUGUGCGUGGUGUUCUCCUUUCAUGUCCCCAUUCCCUCACAUGGGCAUUGCAGUGGCGGAUACUUGUAGGUUGAGUCCAGGAAGGUAAAAUAGAUCUUCACUGAAACCAAAUUUAAUGAAUGAUAUGUUGAAAUGUCAGAGCUUGUUGUCAAGGACAGGCUGCUUCGGCUGUGAGAGUUAGACGAGGACAAGGUGUUAUUGAUCAGAGAGGGGUUUAAAAUGAAGCUUUACGUAAGGCUUGACAUUUGAUACUUCCCUGGCAGAUUUUUCUCUCCAUUGUAUUGUUAUUUAAACGACCAGAAAUGUAGUGUAGUAUGAACAUGACAUUUACAAGGGUUCCGAAACAGGUUCUGUAAGUGCAGCCAUAGAAAGUCAACGUUAGCUUGGCAACUAGCCUUUUUUUUGAAUUAGCCUUCGUGCUAGUGGAAGAGCAGUUUACCUCAACGCUUUCCCAUCGCACUGUUAUUUGGCCACCACUUAAAGACCGUCAAUGGUUUCCUGCUGGAAAGGAGGAACUACUGUUAUCAUGAGUGUUCUGAAGACCGAUCUUUACAUUUAUACUGAACAAAAAUAUAAAUGCAACAUGCAACAAUUUCUAAGAUUUUACUGAGUUUCAGUUCAUAUAAGGAAAUCAGUCAAUUGAAAGCAAUUCAUUAGGCUCUAAUCUAUGGAUUUCACAUGACUGGGAAUACAGAUAACUUUAAAAAAUGGGCCUCAGGAAUUUGUAUUUUUUUUGAGCAUUCAAAAUGCCAUUGAUAAAAUGCAAUUGUGUUCGUUGUCCGUAGCUUAUGCCUGCCCAUAUCAGAACCCCACCAACACCAUGGGACAUUCUCUUCACAACAUUGUCGUCAGCAAACCACUACAUAUGAUGUGUGGUUGUGAGGCUGGUUGGACGUACUGACAAAUUCUCUAAAACGACAUUGGAGGUGGGUUAUGGUAGAGAAAUUAACAUUCAAUUCUCUGGCAAAAGCUCUGGUGGACAUUCCUGCAGUCAGCAUGACAAUUGCACACUCCCUCAACUUGAGACAUCUGUGGCAUUGUUGUGUGACAAAACUGCACAUUUUAGAGUGGCCUUUUAUUGUCCCCUGCACAAGGUGCACUUGUAAUGAGCAUGCUGUUUAAUCAGCAUCUUGAUAUGCCAUACCUAUCAGGUGGAUGGAUUAUCUUGGCAAAGGAGAAAUGCUCACUAACAGGGAUGUAAACAGAUUUGUACACAAUCUUUGGCGAAAUAACCUUUUUGUGUGUAUAUAACAUUUCUGGGAUCUUUUAUUUCAGCUCAUAAGACAUUGGACCAACACUUUACAUGUUGCGUUUAUAUUUUUGUUCAGUGUAGUUGCCCGGUGCAUGUAGGCUAUCUUAAAAUCAAAGUCAGGGUGUUUCUCACCCAACCAUAUUGUGCACCAAUGGUUUAAACACAGGCAUCGUUAUGUUUUCGUUCCUUGCAGACAACUAAAUCUCAAGCCAUACAACCUGUCUAGGGACUUUAAUAUUAAUUGGUGUAUGACAAUGCUAUGUCUGUCACGUUGCAGCAGCCUUUGUUCAAUAUUUCCUGUAAGGAAGGAAGGUGAACAUUUAUAAGUGGCUUCAAUGUCUUGCUUCACUGAUUUCCUUAAUUGUUCAAAUGCAAAUUCAUUUUUGUUUCCUUUCUCAGCUCCACGCUGAAUAAUUUUUCACAUUUAAUGGAUUGUUGAAGCUAUGUCUGUAUAAAUUCUCUGGCCUCGUUUGGAAGUGGGUUCAUGGAAUCGCAAGGAGGAGCGUUACCCAGGACUAAGUUUGGCCAUGCUUGUGGUUCUGUCUGCGUUUAUUUGCAUUUGUAUAAUUGCUGCUACAUGUGUUUUUUUCCAUUCGGUUCACAUGCUUUAUUUGGGAUCCUUUGGUUUGUAUUUCUUCAUGUGUUCUAUGAUGUGUUAAUGUGCUUCUUUUGGGUUAAUUUGCUUUAUAUUGCUUCUAGUACUUUAUAUUCGGUUCACAUGCUUUACUUGGUUUCAUACACUUUUUUUUUUUACAUUGGCUCCAUGUGCUUUAUAUUGCUUCAUGUGCUUGACAUGGGUCUAUGUGCUUUUUAAAGUCACUCCAUCUUAUGGUUGGCUACCUUACUGGAACCGAACCAGACUGACAUUAAGAGACCAAACGCUUCUUUCAUCUGAACUAGUGUCGUUACAAAAUGAUCGUUCUCCUUGCAUUGAUAGGUUGGAGCACUUAGAUCAUGGGUAUAAAAACAACCUCGAUAGGACUAUGAUGGUUGACGAUCUGUCAGAAGGUCAUGUUUAUUAUGGCCUGACCAGUUACUGGCUGUACUGUAAAAGAGCUUGUUUUCUUUUCUCCUGCUGAGAAUGGACAGGUGGUUGGACUUGAAUAAUUAUUCCACAGUCAUCAUUUGCAUAUGUCCAAAGGAAUUUGAUUGUCAAAAAAAAAAAAUAUUUCUCAGUGAUCUCACUCCUGACGUGCACAUGUAGAUAUAACAUCUUAAUUAAACAUACUGCAGCCUGGAACAUUAUAAGCGAUCAACAAAGCAGAGCAAUGUAUGUAGACUUCCUUUCCUUACCUCUGAGUCUGUAACAAUUUGCCACACCAUAUUGAUAAAAGCACUUUAACCGAUACCUUUAACUCAAAUCAGUCACGUUAAAGCAAGGAGCAAUAAGAAGGGGUAUUUUGUUCACACAGGCUUUGCAUGGCUAGUGUAACACGGGAUGUAUGUGUGGCAUUAAUAGUUUACGGUAAGGUCAGGUACGAAUUUGGAUCCGUCUAUGCCACACGCAAGACAGAGAUGCAGUCUAACUUUGACUUAAAUCAGACUAGGAUGAAUGCUUUUCUUCGUGAAUUCCCUUGCUCUACUACAGAUGGCGUCCACAGCAUGGCGAUUGUAUUUCCCACCAGCCACUCAUCUUUUUUUUGUGUUUUUUUUCUUUCUUCUCGUAGAUCUGUUUUAAUGUCGGCUAAUUGAUCUCCAGUGAUUUGCAAUGUGUACUUCGCAAUAAUACAAAUAUUUUAUUUUCUAUACAAGUGAAUUCAAUUCUAUAAGUCAAUAUGUUAUAUAAAUAUAUAAUGUUACUGUAAAAUAUCAAACUGUAUGGAAAAAUGACACUAGUGACAACUGCACUGUAUUGUUGGUUAGCCUAGCUUAAGCAUUCCAAACCUUGGAUUACGAAAACAAACUAAUGCAGUAAUGUUGAAAUGAAACGAUAUACCAAAUUAAAGUUGUAAUUUAUCAAAAUA